GCUGUCGCCGCCGCGGCCGCCCUGGAGCCGGGCGUCGGCUUCCUCGGCCUGGCCGUCCUGCGGCGAGCCGCGGCGGAGCUGGGCGUGGACGUGGCCCCCGACGCCUUCGCCUACAUCGACAAUGUCGUGGCGCCGCUGCUUGAGUCUCGUGGCCGGCGGCUACUGCGAGCCCCCGCGGCCGGCCCCGCCUUCCCCGGGGCCCUCCCCGAGCGCGCUGCUGCCGAGGGCGGCGAGGAGGAGGAGGAGGCUGCUGCUGAGGAUGAGGAACCCGGCUGA